AUGACUGCAUCUUCUCAGGUAAAAGUAGUCGCAGAUAAACAAAUCGUACCAAGUCUUGAUGACAGGGAAUAUCGACUCAUACAGUUAGAAAAUGAAUUAGAGGUAUUAUUGAUUAGGGAUCCCGAAACAGAUAACUCGAGUGCAGCACUCGAUGUUCAUAUAGGAAGCCAAAGUAAUCCUAAGGAACUUUUAGGACUGGCUCAUUUCUGUGAGCAUCUAUUAUUUAUGGGAACAAAAAAGUAUCCAGAUGAGAACGAAUAUAGAAAAUACUUGGAAACCAAUAAUGGUAUGUCAAACGCUUACACUGCGUCAAAUGACACCAACUAUUAUUUUGAAGUAUCGCAUGACGCUUUAUAUGGAGCUUUGGACCGUUUUUCUCAGUUCUUUAUUGAUCCUCUAUUCUUGGAAGGAUGCAAAGAUCGUGAAAUUCUUGCGGUGGACUCUGAACACUCUAAGAAUCUUCAAUCGGACGAUUGGCGCUUUUGGCGUCUAUAUGGUGUCCUAAGUCACCCAGACCACGUAUUUAAUAAAUUCAAUACUGGAAAUGUAAAAACACUUGGCGAUGUUCCCAAAGACAUGGGUCUGGAUGUUCGUGAAGAGUUAUUAAAGUUUUAUGACAAAUACUAUUCGGCAAAUUUGAUGAAACUAGUUAUUAUCGGCCGUGAGCCAUUAGACACUCUUCAGGAAUGGGCUACUGAAUUCUUUUCACCCAUAAAGAACAAAUCUGUUCCAAGACCAAGACAUCCAGGAAGCCCAUACCAAGAUGAGCAACUUCGUAAAAUUUGCUAUAUCAAGCCCGUAAAAAAUCUUCGCCGAGUUGAUAUGCUUUUCCCUAUUCCUGGUCAGUACUCUCAGUAUGAAUGCCGUCCGGCAGACUAUGUUUGUCACCUACUAGGACACGAAGGUGAAGGUUCAUAUUUGGCAUACCUAAAAGAAUUGGGUCUAGGUACUUCCUUGGUUGCUGGAUCUAUAACCAUUACAGAAGAUGCCGAUAUUGUUGUUGUUUCCGUUUCCCUAACAGAAGAGGGACUUGCCGAUUACGAGCGAGUAAUUCGCAUUUUAUUUGAAUACGUUCAACUGUUAGACCACAAAGCAGCCCAUAAAUUUCUAUUUGAGGAAACUCGGAUUAUGUCAGAAGCUCAAUUCAAAACUCGUCAGAAAACAUACGCUUCGCAAUAUGCUCAUUCGGUUGCUAGCAAAAUGCAGCAUAAUUACCCUAGGGACAAAAUUCUGUAUUCUGCUUCGGUUCUUACCAAUUUUGACAUGGAUGCUAUUCAAGCUGUUAUUGAUUGUUUCCGACCUGACAAUCUUAUAGUUAUCUUAUCCUCUCACUCUCUUGAAAAGGAGUUCAAUCAGAAAGAGGAAUUUUAUGGGUUGGAAUACCUGGUGGAACCCCUAGAUCCCUCCUUCUUAGAAUCGCUUCGUACUUGCAAGCCACCUAGAGAGCUUCACCUUCCUGCUCCAAAUGAGUUUAUUCCUUGGUCACUAGAAGUGGAGAGAGAACCUGUAAAAGAAAAAGCCAAGUCUCCUGGCUUGAUUCGAAACGACGAAUACGUUCGCUUAUGGCAUAAGAAAGAUGAUACGUUUUGGGUACCAAAGGCAAAUGUCUUUAUUCAAUUUGCUUCUCCUGUGGCUAGGAAGUCGCCAAAAGUUAGCGUUAUAACUAAUCUUUACGUCCGACUUGUUGAAGAUGCCCUAAACGAAUAUUCAUAUCCCGCUACACUAGCUGGACUUUCUUUCGUCUUGUUGCCAUCAAGUCGGGGUGUUUCGUUAUACCUUAGCGGUUUUACUGACAAACUUCAUGUUUUAUUGGAAAAAGUAAUUACGGUUAUGCGCGAUUUGAAAAUACAUUCUCAAAGAUUUGAUAUUAUAAAAAAUCGAUAUGAACAAGAACUGAAGGAUUAUGAUGCUUUGGAGGCUUAUCCCAGAUCUAGUAGCGUUCUAACCUGGCUGACAGAGUACCCAAUAUGGAUGAAUUCUGAACUCCGGGAAGCCAUUAAGGAUGUCACUAUUGAUGAUACUUACCAAUUUAUUAGUGAAUUCACCAAUCAAAUUUUUAUAGAAUCUUUGAUACAUGGAAAUUAUAUUAAGGAUGAUGCGAAAGCACUUAUAGAAACUGCUCUGAAUAUUCUUAAUCCCAAGCCCGUAUUCGCAUCGCAGCUUACUCGUAAAAGAGCAGUUGUGCUUCCCAAAGGAAGCAACUAUAUUUAUAAGACAAUCGUUCCUAACGAGAAAGACAAAAACUCAGCUAUUAUGUACGCAUUACAAAUUGCUCCUAUGGAUGAUCAGAGAUCUGGAGCAUUGACUCGCUUGGCCCGUCAACUCAUGAAGGAACCUUCUUUCUCCAUUCUCCGGACUAAAGAACAGCUCGGUUAUAUAGUAUUUACGCUUCUUCGUCAAUCCACUCCUUAUGUUUAUUUGACAGUAUUUGUUCAAAGUGAGCGGAGCAGUUCUUAUUUGGAAACACGUAUUCGGGCUCUAUUAGAUCACUUAAAAGAAUCAUUUGCGCAAAUUUCUGAAAAAGAAUUUAAUGACCACAAAACAAGCUUGAUCAACUUCAUGCUAGAGAAGUAUACAAACUUAAGGGAGGAAAGUUCUAUGUAUUGGCUUCGUACUUCUGAUGGUUUUUACGACUACAAUCGACUGGAAAAACAAGCCGAACUUGUAUCAUCAAUUACCAAGGAAGAACUGUACGAGUUUUUCGUCAAUCAUAUCCAUUAUGAUGGUAAACUGACGAGCAAGCUCUCCGUGCACGUUGUAUCGCAACGUUGUGAGGAUCAAGAGUACGAAAUUCCUGGAGCUGAAACCAUUAAAAACGGAAAUUUUUUUAAGGAAAGCUUACCUUUCAGCAAAGCUGCUGCACCCAUUGAACCUUUCGGUGAUAUUGAUGAAGCCCUCUUUAUGAAUUAA